AUGGAGAUUGCAGAUCGGAAAAGGAGGAAGCAACGAGGAAGGAUGGAGGCAAGUGGAAGAAAUGGGAGAAACAGAGGUUUCAUAUUGAAGGCAAAUAUCCCAAAUUCCCUCCAUCAUGUCCCAAACAGUUGUAGAUCUCUCUCAAUUCGACAUCUCCAAAGAGCUAAGAACGCACUCACACACUCUCACUCUCGGUUUUCGCAUCAAUUCCGCAAAUUUCAGAUUUUUCGUUUUGGGUUUCUGUUUUUUUCUCAGGAAAAGGACAAGCUUGUUGCAGUAGUAAUUCGAUACGUGCUGUUCAAGACGCACCACAUCUCGGGGUGUCCGAUAAAGACCAAUAACUAUCGCCAGCGUAACCUUCCUACGUUCAUCAUUAAUGAGGCUAUACAGAAGCUCUCCGCCAUUUUUGGGUACGAAAUGCAGGAGCUUCAGAGGUCUCGUCCUUCUUCCGCUAAUCAGGGACGCCUUUCUCAACAGAGUGCUGUGGAGGCAAAAUCCUAUAUCAUCACGAGUAAGCUUCCUUCUGAUGUGUAUAAGAAGUAUGUCUUGAAUGACAAUGAUAGUACGGUUCCUCUCAAUGGUUUCACUUUUGUCCUACUGAGUCUUGUACAUAUAUCCGGCGGUAAAAUGACUGAACCGGAUCUUUGGCUUAAUUUGAGAUGAAUGGGAUUGGACGAAAGCAAUGAAAACCAUCCAGUUCUAGGAAACAUAAAGCAAGCACUGGACACACUUGUCCAGCAAAGAUAUUUGCAGAAAGACAAAGUAAGUGGACCUGAAGGCAAUACUUUGUUUUAUGAGCUUGGGGAGAGAGCUUUAGAUGCACCAUUUAGUGAGAGCACUAAAGCACACAUAUCAGAGAUCUGUGGCGGCCUUGCCUUGCUUGGCUCACAGUUGUGGCGGAUCUCACUAGAAGUGGUAAAGUUGCAGGUGGAGAUGAGCCAAUCAUCGAAGAAGAGCCAACCGGAGGAUUUCGUUUCUCGGAUUAUUGUAGGUUCGGUGUACGUUUGUACUGCAUCUAGUGGGUGAUGUCUCGCCUAGUGAGUGACGCGGCCCGCAUGUGAGAUGGUUUUGAUGUGGCCUCGCUUGUUAGCAUGGUUUGAUGUUGUCUCGCUUGUGUCGCGGAGACAUUUUGUGUGUUCUGUUAUAAGUCUGUUCCAUCUGCCGUCUUUGUGGCAGAUUUGUACCAAUUGUGCUUGUGCUAGUGUGUGGGCGUUUGUGGUAGCCAAUUAGGGGAUUGUCAUUAUUGCUUGUUUGUGCGAAGUGUCUCCAGAUCAAAUAUAUGGUCACUGCCCAUGUGGCAACCUUUGCAACUGUUAUCGUUUAGUAAUGGAAAAUCGGUAUUGUUUCUUGUAAAAAAAAAAAAAAAAGACUCAAAAGUUUUCCCUGUUCAA